AUGUUUUAUGCAGUAGAGAGCAAUGCUGCAGGGUCAUUACUGAGUAUAACCGCAGAAUUGCUGCGCCCCGCGGGCGAGCUAUUUGAUGGUGAUGUUUGUCAAAUAGCCAUCUUAAGAGAGCUUCAGAGACUCUAUGAUGAGCUUGUUGAGAAUGAAAGUGUCUGUCGAUUAGAUAAAUUUGUUGCUACAGAGAAAACUAGCAGGAGUAAGUGGUUAUGGUCACGACUUACGCAACAGUCGUCGAGUUCACCUGUAAAGGGGUUUUAUCUAUAUGGUGGAGUGGGUACUGGCAAGACUAUGCUAAUGGACUUAUUUUAUGAACAACUGCCAAGCAACUGGAGGAAAAAGGGGAUUCAUUUUCAUGACUUCAUGUUGGGCGUUCAUAGUCAUUUACAAAAGCACAAGGGUGUUGCCAAUCCCCUUGAAGUUGUUGCAGGCGAGAUAUCUGAUGAAUCAAUCCUUCUUUGCCAUGACGAAUUUAUGAUAAAAUCCUCCCUCGAUACAAUAGCAUUUCGAUCUUCUUUAUAUAGUUGUUUUCUCGCCUCCCUCGUGAUCCUUGCGCCUUCGUCCUCAUCUGGUUUGGUCCAAAGGUCAGAGACUGUAGCUUUCCAUUUAGGGUAUCUGUCGAUGGCGUUAAGGAGAGAGAAAGAGAGAGAAUCCUGGCGAAGAAGAGGAAAGAUCGCGAGGUUCGCGUGCCCGGCAUGUAUCUGGACAUUUUUGGAGAAGAAGAAACGGGGUCUGGAUGCCCUAAACCAUUUCAACCCGAUAAUCUCUUAA